AUGCCACAUUCUGUAGGGCCAAACCUGCUACACCUGAUAGGGGACAUCCUCUUCGAUCCUCACACCUGCCAAGAGAGAUCCACAGACACCACGUACAGGUACAGGUGGGACCUGCAGGGUUUGGCCUCUCGACCUUUGACCUUUGAAGCCAGGGCCAGGAAUGACGUUCGCAUUGGUCUGUCUGCGGAGGACCGGGAUCUCGACUACAUGUACGAGAUCGUCAUCGGAGGUGAUGGCAACACUCGGUCAUUCAUCCGCCGAGACGUUGGUGCCAGACUGGUAGAGGUUGUCACACCAGGGAUCCUCUCUGGUACCGAAUUUCGUGGCUUCUGGAUAGAUUGGUCGGCUGACGGGACCAUCUCAGUCGGCAUACAGAAUGAACACACCCCCUUUAUGCAGUGGACCGAUCCACAUCCUCUUCCUGUUUUGUAUGUCGGCUAUACCACUGGCUAUGGGAGUACAGGAACCUUCAAGUUUAGUUGUUGAGUUGCGUUUGGUUCGUGUUAUUAAAUGGACGUUGUAGCAGCACAGACCUAGGUCUUGGUUUUUGAUUAUGUACAUCUCUGUAAAUGGUUAGUAAUGUAUCGAGAAAUUAAAAUGUAACUGUAACUGUAAAAGUAAAAUUUACUGUAAGAUAUUGCUUCGUGUUCCAAGAAGUUCUACUAAUGUUGCAGUAAUAGGCGAUCUAUGUAUGUUUCCACUGUAUAUAGAUACACAAACUGGACAGAUUGAAUAUUGGAUAACAUGUCUAACGGAAGAAUUAUUUGAAAAAUAUACAAGACUGCUGUUGUACCAAGCAUGAUAGAGUUAUCAAUGUAAAAUAUAAGCUGUGCAGAUAUGGUUUCCAAGGUAUUUGGAUAAACCCUACUGUCAAGUAGGUUCGGAACAUGUUCAAGGAACGCCUAAAGGACAACUUGAGACAAAAAUAAGAAGCCUAAGUAAACAUGUAACACAUUCUUAAAGCAAAAAGGGUCAUUGAUCGACAAAUUAUACCUCCAUAUGAGAGAUUGUUUCCAUCUGCUAAGACAAUGUUGAAGAUGAAUAUCGUUUUGAAUGAUAUAUUCUUCUCAUAAUACAGACAGAUUUAUAAUAGUUAUAUGGGCAAUGUUCAUUAUUAUUUCAGUUCUAUCAUGUCUUGAAUGCAUAUCUGACUAUAUAUAUCCGUACCUAUCUAAUAUCUAUCUAUCUAUCUCUAUAUAUGCAAAAGAAAACCGUGUCAUAAUAAGUCAAAAAGCCAUAUUCCAUUAUAUCACGUAUUCAGAAACGGCGUUAGAUUAUGAAACUAGUAUAGAUAGUUUGUAUAGGUUAGCAUCCCUUGUUCUUUGCCAUACGUUGUACCUGAUGCUAUUGUUCCACAAUAAAC